AUGAAGAAAUUUAGCGCGGGUUAUAUUUUGUUGCUGGGGAUCUUGAGAUUUGUACUUUGCAGUAAUGUUUUUGAGCCAUUAAAUAUUCAGGAUUUGUACCUGCAUCUAGGUUUAAGUGCUGCGUAUGUGGUACUGUAUCUUUAUGCACCCGGUUGUGAAUGGUGCAGGAAGCUGAAUCCCAGAUACGAGGUUCUUAGUAAGAGUUUUGCAAAUGGGAACUUGACAUUUGUUAAAGUGAAUGGGAGGCAGUUUUCGCGGCUGUGUAUGGAGUUUGGGGUAAAGAGCUUCCCAGAAUUAUUGUUGUUGGAGCCCAAGGAGCCACCGCAGAUACAGCGGGGUAAAGGUGAUUCGAAGGCGGCGGGAUUAUCGCAAAGAUAUGAUUUGGUGUCUGUGUAUUAUGGGGAACGGGAACUGGAUAAGUUGGCUCUUUGGUUGACAGGGAUGACAUGUGUGAUACCUGAUUGGGAAGAUUCAUCGGUGAUCAGAGGUGAGGAUAAUCCAGAGGAAAUUGCACGACGACUACCUGAAUACUGGAGCGUGGAGCUACAGUCAGUCAUAAGCAAUAUUGGACACAAGGUGGAUCAACAGGUCGCUGCACGGCCUGUAGUGUUGGCAUUUGUUACUCCCUGGAUGAACACCGAAUUCGAUGAGCGUUUUGGCCCCGAUCCUACAGUAUCCUUAAUAGAGAAGAUGGCAAAUGAAAUUCCACAGGUCGAAUUUCACAGCAUAGACGCAUCUAUAGAGUCAUUGGCACCCAUUGUUAAUGCUUUUAGAUGUAGCAUGUUUCCAACACUCGUUCUUCUUACGACGACACAGACUGCAAUCAGAUUCACAUACAUUCAAAAGAAUGCACUGUGGGACAUGGAUGGGAAACUCACAACUGAAAUCAUCAAGAAUUGUGGUACUGCAGGUCUCGAGUCGAGAGCAUGCAAAAACAGUCUCUCCCACGCACAUCACCUCGGGGUAUAUGCGUCUCUGCAGGAAUUACAUAUAAAUACUGAGGAGCCAGUACUGGACGAACUGGACAAACUGGACAAACUGGAAGACCCUGACGAACUAUACAUAUAUGACUUAUUAGGAGACCUAUAA